AUGACAUCCACUCCCGGAACCAAAGCAUCUAGUGCAGAAGCUACCAAACAAGGUCCACCUUCGGCUGUGGAGUUUGAACCACCACUAGCCUGCGUGAGACGUAUCCUCAAAAACAGUCUACCUGGUUCUACCAAUGUUGGAAAAGAUGCUUCAGCUGCCUUUGCACGAUCAACGGGGAUCUUUAUCAUCUAUCUGACAGCUUGCGCGAAUGAUUUUGCAAGAGAAAAUAGACGCCAAACAAUUACAGCAAACGAUGUGUUGGCUGCCGUUAAGGAACUUGAAUUCGAUGAAAUGUCUGGGGAUCUCCAGAAAUUCUUGGAGAAAUACAGGGAGGCAGAAAAAUCGAAAAAGGUUGCCAAGGCAGCCGCCAAGAAGGAAGCCGCCGAAGAUGAGGAGGCCAAAGUGUCAACUCCCGCAUCGGUCAAGAGCAAAGAGGCUGCACCAGACACAGAAAUGGCGGAUGACGCUGAUGCAACAGAUGAAGAACGAGAGGACGAUACAACUCAUGGGGAUGGUGAUGAUGGGGAUAAUGAUGGUGAUGGUGACGGCGAUGGAGAUGACGGGGAAGACGGAGACUCUGAAGUUCAAGCAAUGGAAGAGUAG